GGGGCCGAGGGCCGGGACGCGUCGAGCAAAACCCCCGCGCGGCCCUGCAGGGCCCUGGGAGUGAGGCCGCCAUUUUAACCCGAUGUACGCCUUAAAGGUGUGGGCUCCAGCGCCUGCGGCCCCGCUGCUCUCUUCUCCAGCCAGCUGGCCGGCCGGGCCUCCCGCCAUCAGGCCGGGCCCCGCCGCUCUUCGGAUUCCUGAGGGCGAGGAGGACGCGGGUCGGGGGCCGGGGCCGGGGCUUAAGCCGGACACGAGGCGUCUGGAGAGGUCGAGGCACUGGGAGCGGCGGCCCGCGGCGCGGGAGGGUCUGCGGGGCUCGUCCCGCGCCUGCCGAGUUUGCGCCGGGCUUCCUUAUUUUACUUAGCGCUCGCCUCUGAAAUUGGCUUCUGGAGUUACAGUGAAUGAUGAAGUCAUCAAAGUUUUUAAUGAUAUGAAAGUAAGGAAAUCUUCUACACAAGAGGAGAUCAAAAAAAGAAAGAAAGCAGUUCUCUUCUGUUUAAGCGAUGACAAAAGACAAAUAAUUGUAGAGGAAGCAAAGCAGAUCUUGGUGGGUGACAUUGGUGAUACUGUAGAGGACCCCUACACAUCUUUUGUGAAGUUGCUACCUCUGAAUGAUUGCCGAUAUGCUUUGUACGAUGCCACAUACGAAACAAAAGAGUCUAAGAAAGAAGACCUAGUAUUUAUAUUCUGGGCUCCUGAAAGUGCACCUUUAAAAAGCAAGAUGAUUUAUGCUAGCUCUAAAGAUGCCAUUAAAAAGAAAUUUACAGGUAUUAAACAUGAGUGGCAAGUAAAUGGCUUGGAUGAUAUAAAGGACCGUUCAACACUUGGAGAGAAAUUGGGAGGCAACGUAGUAGUUUCACUUGAAGGAAAACCCUUAUAAAAUGACAGUCAAGUGCCAUCUGGAUCUUAAGGAGCUUCCAUUUCUCCAGCUCAAUCAAUUGAAAUAGUAUUAGGUGUUUGUUUUUUUGUUUUUUGUUUUUUUUCUUCUUUCUCUUCCCACUGGGUCCUUCCAAUACCGUGAAUGAAGGAAAUAUCAUUCAUGUAAGCAGCCUAUCAGUGAUUGCCAUUAGACUGUUUAAUACUGUUAUUUUUAUGUAGAACCCAAGGAAUGCCUUCCCAUCAUAUUUUAGCCAAAACAACUGGUUAUAUGCCUCCCUUGCAGCAAGCACUACAAUGAAAGUGAUUGUCAAUGUGAAUAGCUUAGAAUACUGCAAAGGGUAAGCUGAUUGAAUGCCUUGAAAGUAUUAUCCACUGGUCAGAUGGUAAACUUUAUUCAGUAUUACUAUUUAUAGUUGCACUUGAUUGCAGUUCUGUGAGGCUCAAGCAUUCAUACACCUCACCUGCCUUGGCAAGCCUAUUUUUGUGACAUGGCAGCACAGAUAUAACACUAUGCAUUUGAAAGCACUUUUUUUGUAAUGAGUUUAGCCCCCUACCCCCCCGAAAAGGAAUGCCAAUUAAGUUUUGUUAACUGUGUCAUCAACUUAUCCUAGUACCUCAGUAUUCAUUCCUGUUACCUGCGUAUCUUAAAAGAAAUAGCUGUUACUAAUGCCUUUUUGUUUUCCAUUGAGUGUACACUACUGAAUAAGUGUAGGAGUUUACGUUUACCAUGUAAGUUUUGCAACACUAAAAAUAUUUUGAAUAUCAGUCAUGAUGGCAAUUUCUGUAUAAAAGAGCCUUAAAUGGAAAAUUGUUUUUGAGAUCAGACUCCCCACCCUCACAAUAAUGGCCACGUUGCAAUAAAAAUUGUGGCAUAUUACAGAA